GAUAGCAAAGACAAUAAUGGAACCGAGACCCCGAUUUCUGAGAAAAGAGAAAUUCCCGAGGUUCGUAAGUGCCGCAAGUGUCGAAGAUAACCUUGAAACUUUAACUGCUCCUCCCUCGUCGGGUUCCAAGCCAAUUAAAAUCGUUCCGGAGUGACAGAAGCACGCGCCGAGAAUAGGUGGCCCGUCAACAAUGUGGGCACCACGGCAGACCUUGUUAUCGUCGAUAAGAGAGUUUUGGAGCCACUCUUGAACGAGUACGAGUGUACCUGAAAGACAGAGAAAAAGAAAGAAAAAGAAAACGGAAGGAGAUUCGUUCGUCCAUGACAAUCACGGGAUGAUUUCAUGACGACAGGGACACGGUGACACAUAACGGGUAACAGGACUCGAAACAGGAAAACUCUGGUCGAAAGGAAGCUAUGAAGGAUAAGUUGUGAUGAGUAUUGGAGAUUAACUCUUCUACACGAUGGCAGCCGAAGUGUGUGCAGAUGCGUUAGAUGGGAGUUUAUCUGACGAUACUUUGGAUAAAAACGUUACGGCACAAGAUUCGGAGUACGAUGAUUUUUUGGGGGUACCAGAUUCCUUGGAAAUAACGAUAAAUGAAAAUGGUGAGGCAGUCAGCCUUCAGCCUGAUGGAGAAGAUCAUAACGAUAAUCAUUCUUGCCCAGGGAUCGUCCCAUUCACUGCCAUUCACGCUCCAGCUGUAAAAUUCAAAAGUCAAAACCGAAAUGUGUUUAUCCCUGGAGAACCUGUGCACGUGAGGAUAAUCGACAACGAACGCAGUGUCACGACACACCCUCUCAACCCAAAUUUAUAUACACUGGAAUUUAAACACGGUCCUUUUGUAUGGACUGUCAAGAGGCGGUAUAAACACAUACAAAAUCUGCACAAUCAGCUAAAAAUCUAUCGAGCUAGUCUUAACAUCCCAUUCCCAACAAAGAGUCAUCGGGAUAGGAGAAAUAGUUUAAAAAAUUUAAGUACUGCCAAUCAGAAGCGACGACAAAGAGGCGCGCUUCCAAGAUUUCCGAAUAGACCCGACGGUCUUGUCCCCUACGAGCAGUUGAACCACAGAAUGCAAGCUCUGGAGGACUACUUAGACAAUUUACUUAAAAUAGAGAUAUACAAACGGCAUCCUGAGACAAUAAAUUUCAUGGAAAUUUCGCAUUUAUCGUUUAUUGCUGAUCUGGGUAACAAAGGCAAAGAAGGGAUAGUACUGAAGCGAACAGGUUCUGGAGCGAAGGGUGGAUGUAAUUUCUUCGGGCUACUCGAAGGUAUGUUCUGCGUAAGAUGCAAUUACUUUUGUACAUCCCUCUGCGGCAAGUGGCACUCCAGACAUCUCAUCGUCAAGGACACCUUCGUGGCGUACAUCAGGCCUCGAGAUGGAAGAAUAAAGUCCGUUAUCUUAAUGGAUAAUGGUUUUGAAGUCAGUUCCGGAAUGUACUCCACGGGGCUGAGAAAUGGAUUACAAAUAAUGAAUUUAAGUAGACACAUCGUUAUCAAAUGUUGGACCAGGAGAAAAGCAAAGGAGUGGAUGGAGUGCAUCCAGACAUUUAGUAAUAAUGAAGGGAAGCCGUUCACCCAGGGAAAUCCUCACAGAUCCUUUGCACCGUAUCGAGUCCCAACUCCAGCAUCCUGGUUCGUCGAUGGAGCAAAUUACAUGUCAGCCGUAGCAGAUGCUCUAGAAAAUGCUAAAGAAGAGAUUUUCAUUGCCGACUGGUGGCUUUCUCCAGAAAUUUACAUGAAGAGGCCAGUAACCGACAGCGAUUACUGGAGGCUUGACAAGAUCUUACAGCGAAAAGCAAUGGCUGGUGUCAAAGUGUUUGUAAUGAUCUACAAAGAAGUGGAGCUUGCUCUGGGUAUAAAUAGCUUUUACAGUAAGCAACAACUCGUGGAAAAGUGUCCGGAGAAUAUAAAAGUCUUGCGACAUCCUGACCAUGCUCGAGUGGGUGUUUUCCUUUGGGCCCAUCAUGAGAAAAUCGUCGUGGUCGAUCAGACAGUUGCAUUUCUCGGUGGAAUCGACUUAUGUUAUGGCCGGUGGGACAACAAUGAACAUAGAUUAACGGAUUUGGGCUCGGCUUAUCAGUCCAGUAUCUACAUUCCAUCGAAAGGAAAAAUAACCAGCACAAGCAGUAAACGAACAAGGUUGGCUAAAGUUGAGAAAAAUGUUUUCCUGCCACUGGCCAUUGCAACGAAUACAAUCGCGAUGGCAACUGCAAAAUUCAUGCCACAACUGUCGAUCAUAUGUAACAGUCCGGUGACGUCUCCAUCGCUGCCAACGAUAAAUCCUGGAGAUCCUUUGCUUAUUUCACCACCACAGGAUGCAGAAAAUGUUAAAUGCAAUACGCCUGAGUCGCAUAGAAAAAAUCUAUUAGACAUGGCGAAGACUACCGUCGAUAAGGUCAAACUUAAUGUCAAGAUGAAGAGGAAGGAAUGGAUAAGUAUGGUGUACAACCCGAAUGAAGGGAGCAGUGACGAAGAGGAUGUAGUUGACAAUGCCACCUUGCCGACCCCUCUGGGCGAUGGGGAGGGCAUGAAAUUUAGCAAUGCUGAUGUAAUUCCUAACCUUUCUGGGUCUGCUAAAUUGUGGCUGGGCAAGGAUUAUACGAAUUUUAUAGUCAAAGAUUUCGAUAACCUUGAAAGUCCUUACCAAGACUUGGUCGAUAGAAGAACAACUCCUCGGAUGCCUUGGCACGACGUGGGGGUUAUGGUGCAAGGUGCCAGUGCCAGGGAUAUUGCUCGGCAUUUUAUUCAGAGGUGGAAUGCUAUAAAGCUGGAAAAGGCGAAACUGAAUCCAACCUACCCAUUCUUACUGCCAAAGUCCUACAAGAACUGCGAGAGUAUUGCAUCGCUUGCAAAAAUCAGUGCCGAGCAUAAUGUCAGGUGUCAAGUUCUGAGGUCCGUCAGUUCUUGGUCGGCUGGAUUUCUCGAACCCGAUACCGUAGAGCAGAGCAUACACGAAGCCUACAUUCAUGCGAUCAGCAAUGCCGAGAGAUAUAUUUACAUCGAGAACCAGUUUUAUAUAACAUUAGCUACUUUGGAGAGAACUACCGUUAAAAACCGAAUCGGGGAAACAUUAUUGAAGAGGAUAUUGAGAGCACAUAGGGAAGGCUCGAUUUUUAGAGUUUUUGUCAUAAUGCCUUUGUUGCCAGGUUUCGAAGGGGAAGUAGGAGGUCCUACGGGAACUGCAUUACAUGCCAUAACUCAUUGGAAUUAUGCAUCCAUAUCGAGGGGAAAAGACGCUAUUCUGAAUCAACUAUUGGAUGCUGGAAUACAAGAUCCCAGCGAGUACAUUACAUUCCAUGGAUUGAGAACGCACUCUUUAUUGAAUGGCACGAUGAUCACUGAAUUAAUUUAUGUUCAUAGUAAAUUAAUGAUAGUUGAUGAUAAGACCGUAAUCUGUGGAUCGGCAAAUAUUAAUGAUCGAAGCAUGAUCGCCACUAGAGACAGCGAGAUCGCGGUGAUAAUUCAUGAUGAGGAAUUCAAAGAGGGAAAGAUGAACACUAUGGACUUUCCUAGUGGAAAGUUUGCUGGCUCUCUGAGGAAACAAUUGUUUCGUGAACAUUUAGGACUGCUGCGGACUCAUGAAAAUAUCGAUAUUAGCGACCCCAUUAAAAAGUCAUUUUAUAGAGACGUAUGGUGUGCAAGGAGUAAGCAAAACACCGAGAUAUUCGAAGAAGUAUUCCGAUGCAUUCCUACCGAUAAAGUGGUAAACUUUGCCAUGUUGAAAAUGUAUCAAAAUGAGGUACCGCUAUGUUCUUCGGACCCAAUUACAGCACAGAGAAAGUUGGUAAAGAUUAAGGGUCAUCUUGUCGAUUUGCCACUUAAUUUCCUUUGCAACGAGACACUCAAACCAACUGCUGGCACAGUUGAGGGAAUGAUGCCGACGUCGCUGUGGACGUAGAUAAUUCAGUAUUUAAUUUGAUAUGCAAAGGUACUUGUUUUCAAGUCAAAUGAUGCAACCGAUCGAAUCAUGUUUUUUAACUUGAAGUUUUACUUAUUUUAUAUUAUAAUUCAGAGUGAAGAUUAAUAGUUUUUCUAUGAAUCUAGCGAUAGGCACGCAACUUGACAUAUGCUAAGGAUAAUUUUAAGAAUAUUUCCACAAUCUUGAAGGUUGUGGCUAAAUUAAUUGUACAAAUUUAUAUAAGUAUUAGCAAUAUCCGUUAAUCUAUAUUAGAAACAGAUAAGCUGAAUUAAUAAUAGCUGUAGGAAAGCGAAACUGGACUGAUCCAUGGUCUAGUCUAACGAUAUUAGAAACGAAUAGAUACAUCGACGCUAACAAUUUGCACCUCGACAUUCCUUGAAGUAACAUUUAAGCAUUCGCUGUUCGUUAAAUAGUAUUGGAAGUAACAAACGUUUCUUAUCUGGCAGAAGAAGAGAAUCACACUUAACAAUCCCCGAUAUUUAUAGCACCUUUAACCGAGCCUUCGCACAGUGGUUACACUUUUAACAACAGUUGCAUUUUAAUCCUUGCCGAGUGUUUUACUCUAUUUAUAAUUUAAGUCUGAAGUGUUGCGUUUACAAGGAAUGCCACUGUACAGGAAAUCUUUUAACCUUAGACAUUACCAAAAUUGUACAAAAGAUCGUCGAUCUUUCACAGCCAGUAUUGUAAGGAACAACCCUAUGUCUACUAUACCAUUAAUACAAUUACAAUAUGCAAUCACUGA